UGUGUGUUUUUGUUUUUCAGAUCAAGAAGGAAUUUCUUUUUUCUUUAUCAGUACUGACUAUGUGUUUGAUGGUAGUAAUCCUCCUUACAAGGAGACAGACAAGACUAACCCACUUAAUAAGUAUGGAAAGACAAAAGUUCAGGCUGAAGAAACUAUACUUGCAGCAAACCCAGAUGCUUGUAUCUUGAGGAUUCCUGUUCUUUAUGGAGAUGAAGAGUUCCUUGGUGAGAGUGCUCUGUCCAUCUUGUUAACUAAUCUCUUAGAUUCUUCUAAACAGCAGGUGGUGUCUGAUUAUGAGAUUCGUUUUCCAUCUCACUGUGAUGAUAUUGCUGCUAUAUUGUAUCAGUUGGUAGAAAAAAAGUUUCAGGAGCCAGGAAUGAAUGGUGUCUACCAGUGGUGUGGGUCAGAGCCUUUGACCAAGUAUGGAAUGACUAAGAUCAUCUCUGAAGUGUUCAACAUACCAAUGGACAACAUCACUGCUGACCCUACUCCAAGUCACACAGCUGCCCGCCCUCAUAACACACAGCUAUGUAGAGGGAGGCUAGAGUCCUUAGGCAUUGGUCAUCACACCCCUUUCCGAGCUGGAAUCCGUCGCAGUUUCUGCAAGUUUGUGCCAAACCAUGACCUUAGCUGACAAAUGAUGACCCUGACCUGUGGCUGUUUUCAGAAAUCUGGAUUUCCAUAUUGAAAUUUGUGUUUUUGCAUUUUGGAUCAAAAGUUCAAUAACUAGCAUCUAAUAAAAGCAGCUUUCUUAAUACCUCAGUUUCAAACCUUAAUUUAAUACUGUGGAGAAAUAUGUUCAGCAGUAUUGUUAUUAAGAAUGAAAAGAAAUGGAUAAAAUGUGUAAACAUCUGUUUCAUCUUUACAAAUAAUAAAAUCAUCUUGCUAGA